UCCUCGCGGGGAGCCCGGGCGCGGGAGGAGGCCGGCGGGGCAGAGCGGGCAGCCGCCGCCUCCUGGCCGGCUCCCUCCACCUGCACCCGGGCUGCGGCGGCGGACGGGGCGCUCGCCGGCGGGGCUGCAUGGGGCUGUCGCGGGGCCCACUCUUCUGGCUGCUGCUGGGGCUGCUAGCGGCCGCGUGCUCGGGGAUCCUCUUCGUCCUUUACUCGUCGGCCGCCCAGCCCUACGGGGCGCCCGGGGCCCGAGCCAGGAAUACUACAUCAUUUCAUGAAUUCUUCUGGUCCAAGAAUGUGAACCCUGGGACAAGGAAGAGGCUGCCCUGCGGGUACCCCCUGUACCCAGCCAUUCAGAGGCACCCCCACUUCCGGAGCCUCUUCAACCUCUCCACUCCAGUGCUGCUGCAGGGAGGCCUCUUCAGCCAGAAACUCUGGGACAGCCUGAGUCAGCACAAAGCCCCCUAUGGCUGGCAGGGGCUCCCCCGCCAAGCCAUCGUGUCCACCCUGAGUCUCCUGAACAGCUCUGACAGUGCCAGGCUGUUUGGUGACCCCCAGGAGCCCCUCCCAGCCUGCGUCCGGUGUGCUGUUGUGGGCAACGGAGGCAUUCUGAAUGGUUCCCGCCAAGGAAGGAACAUUGAUGCCCAUGACUAUGUAUUCAGGCUCAACGGUGCUGUGAUCAAAGGCUUUGAGCGCGACGUGGGCGCCAAGACCUCCUUCUAUGGCUUCACUGUAAACACCAUGAAGAACUCCCUCAUCGCUUACAGGAGCCUGGGCUUCACCUCCGUACCUCAAGGGCAGGACCUGCGCUACAUCUUCAUCCCCUCUGACAUCCGGGACUACGUGAUGCUGAGGUCAGCCAUUCUGGGUGUGCCUGUCCCAGAAGGCCAGGAUAAAGGGGACAGCCCCGGCCCUACCGGUCCAUCUAUGGCAGGAGGACUGGCGCCGGCACCUGCCCUUUCCCCUCCCCCUGCCAGCUCGAUGGGUUGGGGCGCUCUGUCCACUUUUAUCGUGGGUCCUAGGCCUCAGACCUAUUUUGGACCAGAAGCCUCUGCCAGGAAAUUCAAGCUUCUCCAUCCAGACUUCAUCAGCUACCUGACAGAGAGGUUUUUGAAAUCAAAGUUCAUCAACACACGUUUCGGAGACCUUUACAUGCCAAGUACUGGAGCCCUCAUGUUGCUGACAGCCUUGCACACCUGUGACCAGGUUAGUGCCUAUGGAUUCAUCACAAGUAACUACCGGAAAUUUUCUGACCACUACUUCGAACGAAUCAAGAAGCCACUAAUAUUCUAUGUGAAUCAUGACCUGUCCCUAGAAGCGUCCCUGUGGAGGGACCUUCACCAGGCUGGUAUCCUUCAGCUGUACCAACGCUGACCUUGAAGCACCCAGCCCUUCACUGCUGCACUCAUCCACUUGACCUUUCCAACCUGAGCAGGGUUCCAACGCUCAUUCCUCUCGUCCUCCCCUACAGAGGGCAGUAAGAGGUCGAUUUAUGACUGCCACUGGUCACUGUGGGACACCAUCUUGUUCUCAGCUUGAGACCAACUACCCUCUAGACUUGAGACAGAAAUCCCAAAUUCGGUCAAGGAAAAAAAAAAAAACUACUCUCAUUUCAAAACUGAAGACAACACUCCAAUCAUAACCUUUACCAGCCACCACGGGUAGGCAUUUCUCCAGGCCGGCAAUUGGUGCUGAGUGACUUCAGGAAAUGUCCCCAGUUGCAUUCGCUCUGGACUAGGCAGUACAAGAGGAACACUCCCCUUCUUACAUCCAGCCUGACUACACAGCACCUCAAGGACCUCAUCCUAACCUUCCCGACAAUUGACUGACUUCUGCCCGGAGCACAGAUGGCAGACUCUGAAGCGUAGAUAACUGCAUACACAGACAGUCAUUGUGUCUUUUCGUGUUGGGGGAUGUUCACCACACAGGGUACUCAGCAGAGACCACACUGAAGCAAGAACCAUAGGAGGGUAUUUCUGUACAGACGACCUAAAGGGAAGCCCCUUUAGUGAUAUACCACUUUGACACCAAUGACUUCUCUAACAGGUAAUAACCCUUGGUCUCACAUUAUGACAUCAAUAAAUUGGAACUUUAUUGAUAA